UUGAACUGUCAGUUGUCAGUUGUGAUAUUUAUUUGUAUUGACACACAGCUGUUGUUUUGUUUGAAUUUAUUUAAUCUGAUUUUUGCAUUAUGGACACUAAAAGAAAUAGGGCAGUGACUGACGCCCAGAAGGAAAUAUUAAAAGAGUUUGUCCGACAACAUGAACAUUUAAGUACGGGCAAAUUCAGCGACAAAUUUUCAUUUAAAGAUGCCCAACGUCUUUGGGAGGAAGUUACUCAAAAACUCAAUAAUGUACCAAAUGGGGCAAUAAAAGAUUGGAAGCAGUGGAGAAAAACAUGGCAAGAUUUAAAAAAUAAAGUUAAAAGCAAACUUGCAACGCAAAAAAAACAGAUGACAAAAACUGGUGGAGGCGAAACUGAAGUAAUUGAGUUUACACAGAUAGAGGAAGAUAUUUUGCAAACGAUCCCAAGCACGGCUACAGAAGGCAUUCCAGGCAGUAUCGAAAUAGAUACGUCUUUUAAUUUUGAGCUAGCUGAAUUGCCGCCAGAGGAAAUUUCCUGUGAAGUAGACGUGCCACUUGUUGAGAUCACUUAUGAUGAAGAAAAUCAACCCAGUACAUCGACUGCUAUAUACCACCUAAAUGAGGAUCAUGCUGGUAUGGCAAAAGAGCUUCCUUGUCGUCCAAAUAAAAACGUAAGAAGAUUAAGCAAAUCCUCCAAAUUGGAAAAUUCCUUAAAGGUACAGCAAAAUUUAACUGAAAGCUAUAAGGAAAAUUCCCAAAUGUUAGCAGAAUAUUAUAAAGUAAAAAUUGAUUACUUAAGACACAAAAAAAAUUGUGAUACAAUCCAAACCGAAUGUGUUCAAAAAAUGUUAUCAAUUUUGGAGAAUUCUCCUGUCCUUACAAAAAAGAAUAUGUGACUUGUAGGCUGUACGAGAUGUGAUACUAGCAGACUGUAUAUUAUAUAUAUGAUUGUGAUAACCAUUUUUUUAUUAGUGAAUGUGUUUUUAUGAAUUUAACUUUUUUUAUGUUCUUGAAAAUAAGACUGAUACCGUGUUUUA